AUGGUUAACGAGAUUGGUAAACAUCUACGCUUUCAACAUCAGCAACAGUUUAUGAAGUUGGGAAAGGGAGACUGCGAAUUGCACAAGAUAAUAAUGGAGAUUGACGGUAUGAGAGUUCAAGUGAAGAUUUUGAUUAUGAGGGAUCAGUAUUCGUUUCGUCCACCUAUUGUUCAUAUGAGUUCGCAAACAAACCUUAUCAAGGGUACUGUGCUGGUCAAGGAGAAGAAAAAGUAUACCAGCUAUUCAGAUCAUAAGAAGAAGAACUUCAUUUUUGCGUAUGCUAGCCAAAGAAUUACAAGAUUUCCCCCUACACAUGUUGAUCAGGGGUUUGGAGCAACUGAUAAGUAUGAAGGACUAGACAAUGGAAAGUUAGCAGUCUUCGACUUCAUUACAAAAGGUAUGGGGUUGACUCUAAAGGAGCAAGAGCUUGAAAGAAAUGAUGAAGGUACGCCAUUCGGUCAAGAAUCAGACUCUCAUGUAAAGUGGAAGUGUGGAGAGGCUUGGACUUCAAAGGGAGAGGUGUCCAUCUGUGAAGGUUGA